GCGGGGCAGAAUGAAAUCUGUUAGUCGUGAAUUGACUGCGAAACGUAGAGCAUCUUCGCAUUUUCAUUUGCACGCUGUCAGUGCUGUGAUAAAACCAUUCAAAAAAAGCAAGAAGUUUGAACACGGGGAUCGAUAAAAUGAAGAAUACAAGGAGAGUGAGGUACAUUUUAAGGAUAAGCGCGGUCAUCUUGUUCUGCUGUUUCGAUCUAUCGAUCGGUUCACCCGCGAGGCAACCUACCAAAUUUUCGUUGAAUACCCGUGAUGUAACAACGACCACGGAUAGUCCUUCUAAGGCGACGUCGCAACUGGAUCAAGGACGAGAGUGGUUAGGUCGUGCAGCCGAUGCGAUACGAAUCGGCGCGGGAAGGUUUGUCAAUUCACUCACGUUGGCGAGAAACAUCCUAUUCGAUCGGGCGGAGACAUUAGUCAGCGAGUCGCAAAAUCAGUUGACGACUAUACUCGCUACCAAAUCGAACGCUUUGAACGAUACUCGAAGAUCUCUGAAUUCGAUCACGAAUCCUCCAGUGAUCGAGACUAAAUCGAACUCGCCAGACACUGUGACUUUGUAUACUGACGGUGGGCAAGGUAUUCUCGAAAGACCAAUCACCAAGCCGUUUAUGGGAAUGUUGGAAGCCAUCUUCAGACCCAAAGCGUUGGUCGAUAAUAUCAAGGAACACGAGAAAUAUGGCAAUACUGGUGACAGGUUUAUCGGAAUCGGUAGAGCACUGGUCAAUGGUCUAGAAGGGUUUAGCAACUUUGUGAACUCUGUAAUCGAGCUACCUAAAACGGCUGUCAGGAAGACUUCCCGAAGUUUAACGGAAGUCCUGAACCACGUCGGAGCUCGUUUAGUGGGACUCGAAUGAUACUCAACGCCUUAAUCAAGCAGAUUGUUACAAUUUCUUUGUUUCUUUAAUAAAUCGUUUGUUUUCCAUAAAAACUAA